CGCUCUUUCUCUUUCUCUUUCUCUUUCAAGGACGUUAGAUCUUCUUCAUUCAUGGCAACUGCAGCGGUUCAAGCGCCUCGUGCAUCCAAGACCGAGAGCUAUGUCGACAACAAGCGCAAAGAAGAUAUACGUCAAGCCAACAUCAUCGCUGCCCGUGCCGUUGCUGAUGCUGUUCGAACAAGCCUCGGUCCCAAAGGUAUGGACAAGAUGAUCUCCAUGGCUUCCGGUGAGGUCAUAAUUACCAACGAUGGUGCCACCAUUCUCAACAGAAUGGAGGUUCUUCAGCCAGCAGCCAAGAUGUUAGUCGAGCUUUCCAAAUCGCAGGACAUUGUCGCUGGAGAUGGGACCACCACCGUUGUUGUUAUUGCUGGUGCUCUUCUCAAGCAAUGUCUUGUCCUUCUCAAUACCGGCAUUCACCCCACUGUUAUCUCUGAUUCCCUUCAUAAGGUCUCCGUGAAGGCGGUUGAGAUCCUUACUGCCAUGGCCGUCCCGGUUGAGCUCUCUGAUCGCGAUUCUCUUGUGAAAUCUGCUAGCACUUCGCUUAAUAGUAAGGUUGUUAGUCAGUAUUCUACUCUCCUCGCUCCUCUAGCUGUGGAUUCAGUUCUCUCUGUAGUUGAUCCUGCGAAACCUGAUCUCGUGGAUCUUAGAGAUGUUAAGAUUGUUAAGAAGCUGGGAGGGACUGUAGACGACACUCAGCUUGUUAAGGGUUUGGUUUUCGACAAAAAGGUUAGUCACGCUGCUGGUGGUCCGACUCGAGUUGAGAAUGCAAAAAUCGCUGUAAUUCAGUUUCAGAUAUCUCCUCCUAAGACUGACAUAGAACAGUCUAUUGUAGUUUCUGACUAUUCUCAAAUGGAUAGGAUUCUGAAAGAAGAGAGGAACUAUAUCCUCAGCAUGAUCAAGAAGAUCAAGGCGACUGGGUGUAAUGUGCUGCUGAUCCAGAAGAGUAUCCUGAGGGAUGCAGUGACUGAUCUGUCUUUGCAUUAUCUUGCGAAAGCUAAGAUUUUGGUCAUUAAGGAUGUCGAGCGUGAUGACAUUGAGUUCAUUACCAAGACAUUGAACUGUUUGCCAAUUGCCAAUAUUGAGCAUUUCCGUGCUGAAAAGAUGGGUUAUGCUGAUUUGGUUGAGGAAUCCUCACUGGGUGAUGGUAAUAAGAUUGUAAAGAUUACUGGGAUUAAAGACAUGGGGAUGACUGCAACAGUUCUUGUCCGUGGCUCAAAUCAACUUGUUCUAGAUGAAGCAGAGAGGAGCUUGCACGAUGCUUUGUGUGUUGUGAGGUGUUUAGUUAAUAAGAAGUUUCUGAUUGCCGGAGGUGGUGCCCCAGAGAUUGAGCUUUCAAGGCAGUUAGGUGCAUGGGCCAAGGUUCUUAAGGGUAUGGAGAGUUUUUGUGUGCGGUCAUUUGCAGAAGCACUUGAAGUUGUCCCCUAUACAUUAUCUGAGAAUGCUGGUUUGAAUCCAAUUUCUAUUGUUACUGAACUUAGAAACAGACAUGCUCAAGGUGAGAUCAAUGCUGGAAUUAACGUGAGGAAAGGGCAAAUCACGAAUAUCCUAGAGGAGAAUGUGGUUCAGCCACUGCUAGUCAGCACAAGUGCAAUCACAUUGGCAACAGAAUGCGUGAGGAUGAUUUUGAAGAUUGACGAUAUUGUCACGGUUAGGUAAUUUUUUAUUGUUUGCCUGAAUUGAUUAUUUGCACUUCUCAUAUCGACUUGUUUUCAUUCUUGUGAAACUUUAGUUGGACAUUUGGUGUCAAAUGAAUGUAGAAACUUUUGAGGCAAAUCUGAAUUGAUUUAUUAGUGUUUUCUUGA